AUGUCUGAGUCUAGGCAGGGGUUGGGUGCGUGGGUGGCUAAGUACUGCAGGGCUGGGGCACGGAAGCCAGUGUUAGGCGGCCUCAUCCAGCCGAUGCGGAGGUGCUACAGGGGCUAUGAGACGUGGAGGAGUAGCAGGGGUGCCCGGCCUGCGCCACGCGUGAUACAGAUGGUGUGGCUGUGGCAGAUCAGGGAGGGGACGGGCAGCACUGGGGCAGAAGAAGGGAAUGGGACUGGCACUUGGGAAAGGUCUGGGGCUAAUUUGGGGCAUGCGUGUCAGAAAGGUUGGUCCCCCCAGUGUGUAGUGGAUGCAGCUGCUGUGGGGCUGGUGCAGUGGGAUUGCAGGCGAACAUUACAGGAUUUGAGUGCUGUGGUAUUAUGCUCUUGAUAUUGCCAGUUUGCCAGCCCCACAUCACUGCAUCCACAGGGUACUCAUAGUGGAGUGAGUAUCCUGGGUCACACCCUGCAGAAUGAAGUUAAAAUUGUUCCUCUCAAGACAUCCAGACUCUUACUCCAUUAAUGAUGCCAGCUCACCAUCUGCCUGUUCUGCAUUAAAAAUGAGGACCUUACGGUAGAUGCUUAAUAUUUUGGGUCACAAAUAAGCUUCUGAUGAUUAGAGCACUAGAUUUGUCUGUCUUCUGGAUUUUCUAAUAGCACUUUUGAGGAAGAUAGUUCCAUGUCUACUGACAUUUAGAUAAUUGGUUACAGAAUUGUAGGGCCUGAUUCUGCCGUGGGCUAAAAGCCUACAGCAACUUGGUCUUCAGGACUGUAUCCCUUUAAUAAGAAUUAAAAUAUGUCUGUUGUGUGUGUUGUGCAAUGAUAGCAUGAGACAGGGGAGCAGAAAAAGCUGAGAAGUCUCUUCAUCUCACCCUUCGUAGUGACUUUAGAAAUUUGCAUUUUGGCACCCUUGCUAAUGUUACAAAUAGGGGAGAAGGCCAUCUUCUGUGGGCUCUAAGAGGCCUACAUGGCUAUGGCUGUGCUUCAGGGCAUCAAUGCCCAAGAUGAAGCUUCUAGCAUUCCAGGGUGCCCCUUUCCCCAGGAAUCUUAGGCUUGUCUUGCAAAUCUUAAAAGAUUGGAAGGAGAAGGUGGGAUUUGGAGGAAGGGCAGCAGUGGGCUACAAAGUGCAAAGUGGGGGAUUUGAGGAGUAGUACACUGUUGAGAUGAGAGAAUAGGUGUAUACCAUACCUGGUUUCGGCUGCAUUCAUCAGUGGAAGUCCACAAGACAACACCAUACGCUAGUUAUGGGGAAUGGUCCCACCUCUGCCAUUAACAUUAUGGGUGACUCUCAGGAAAGUAAUUUCACCUCCCUGUGCUUCCAAUUUCCCCAUCUGUAAAAUGGCGGUUGACUUAUUUUUUGUAAGGAGCUUGAGAACUUGAGAUCCACUGAGAUAAAGCAUUGCAGGAGGGUCAGAUAUUAUUAGUAUUAAAGUCCCUUCUGAGCUGUGGGACAUUUGUUGAGAAGACCUAGCAGCUCAAAUAUGAAGAAUGGCACUGCUACAUGCUCUGCCCUUUUACUGCAGAGAAACAGAGGGAACAGACACCUUAUCAAAAACCUUAGAGUCUAAUGAGGUAUUGUCUCCAUUUCAAAUUCCUCCACGGGCAACUGUGUCACAAGAUAGGUAUGAGAAGUUCAGGAAUGAAUUUCAAUGGUGCAGGCUUCCCUGGGGAGCAGAAAGAGAAUAUGGAGAAAUUGUUCCAGUUUCAUUGCCAGAAGAUCACAAGCUAAAGAAUGAGCCUUCUUGUAUGUUUACUAAAGGACAUCAACAUUAUGGAGGUCUUCCCAUUGAGCAGAGUUAUGAUACAACCCAGUGGAAAAAAAGUGACGUCUUCAUGAAUGAUGAUCUGCUCCCUAAACCACCAGAUGGUUCAAUUGAGCAACUGUGCCUGCCAUUUCCAGUCUCCCACCCCUACCAGACACACAUCUCCAGAUAUGCCAUGUUCCCAAACUUUAAAUCACCUGAGGAUAAAGACGUGGGCAUUGAAGCAAGCAGUCACCAGCCUUUUCAUCCUAAUAUCCCUACAAAGCCUUAUGAUGUGAUUAUUUUCAGAAAGACCAAAGGUAAUCCAUAUAGACAUGAAAUCAUCAGGAUUCCAUAUGACUCCCAGAAGGAGGCCUUACAGUGGCCAGGACAGCACACGUACUUUCACCUUCCUAAAUUUGUUGACGGAAGUGGUCAGAGGUAUUAUCCAAAGCCUCCAAAGACUGUGGCUCCCAAUACUACUUUUAAACCCUUAGAACCUAAUCUCUCUGCAAGAACAACCAACAUGCUACGGAAUUUAGAAAGGUCCCAUUGGAUAACAUCUUAUCACCAUGAUUUCACAGGUAGAGGUCCUAUGCAGCCCCUUGUAUUGGAUGAUUAUGACGUGAAGCUAAUUGGCAGAAUAACUGGAGAAUUAGGGGAAGAUGUGGAACUUAAAGAAGCAUUUCUGCCUAGUCUCUCCCAAGUGAGGCCCUUGGAAGGGCGCAUUGCACGUUUACUCCAAGGACAACAUCACCAUGAAUCAGUUUUACAAGAACAAGAUUACUUCAACAUUCACACACCUCCAUGUGCAUGUACAGCUCAUGCCUUCUUACCCCGUUCCUCAGAAGUGAUGCUGAGUAACCAAAAAGCCGCAGCAACUAUGGGUCAACAAUGUAAACACACAGAAACCGAGACCAAGAGAAGGGCUGAAGUGCAGCUAUAUCACCUACCUCAGGCAUGGUACCAGAGAAAAGAGAGUCAGAAUAAAAAGUUUCCAGUUAAUAAGUUUCAGAAAAUCACUGAUACAUGGCAAACUGAGGCUUUAUACAGAAGGCAGCUUGCAGUAGGACCUGAAUCUGAACUUCCCUCCAAUUCUGUGAAUUCCUGUUAUUAUGAAGAUUUGAAACCCAGCCGUUUGGACAACUAUAUAGUAUGGCAUGACCCAGUUAGCCUAAGCAAGCCUGGCUUAUUGAAUAAUAGUAGAGAAGAUUGUCAUGUUAAACACAAGCACAGUGCUCCAGAGGAAAUCCUGUCUUCAUUGAGUGUGGAGGGAAGCUCACCCAACAGGGCAUUGCCUGAAUGGAUUCCCAAUUCUGGGGUGCCUCGGCCUCAGACAGCAUUGCUGGAGCUUCAAGAUUUUUUUUGUAAAACAGCAGCACACAAACGUUUUCAUGAUUCGAUUAAAGGAGAAGCAAAGAACCUCAGAGAGAAUAGCUGGGAAGGAAAAAGGCACACAUUCUAUGGCUUCAAUUCUUUUUAUUUCUAUAACUGAGGUGUUCCUUUGUCCUUUUAAAAAUAUCACAGCAAAUAAAAAAAGGACGCAGUCAGA